GAUACUGGGGGCAUCAUGUUUGUUAGCAACCAAUUGCACCUCUUCACCUUUGCUGAGACCAAUAGACCAAUGAACCAAUAAACAAGUUAGAAGUCACUCCAGCCGCAACCGACCUCGGCACCGUCUCUGUGUUUUAGACCAUAAAUAUUCGACCCAACUCGAUCAGUGUCUUCAUAGGACAAGCAGGGCGCCAGAUCCUAGCUCGUUGAACCUACACAAUUGCGGCACCCAAUGGUCCCACAUAAAACCACACACACAAUGUCAGAAACAACCCCGUCAACAACCACCAGCCCCGCGCCAACCAACGCCCUGGCCGAACUCGCAGCCUCGCGGAACGACGGCAAGGCGCACCUUCUCCUGGCAGCCUCAGGCUCCGUAGCAACCAUCAAGAUCCCCAACAUCAUCGCCGCGCUGACCAAGGCCCACCUGCCAUCAACCCUGUCCAUCCGGCUGGUCCUCACCUCCUCCGCCUCCAACUUCCUCGCCGGCCAGUCCGCGGAACAGCCAGACAUCAAGUCCCUGCUCGCCACCACCCCAGGGCUGGACGGCAUCUACCAUGACGGCGACGAGUGGGGCCGCGGGCCAACCAUCGGGCCCGAUGAGGGCGUCUGGCGCCGGGGCAGCCCUAUCCUGCACAUCGAGCUGCGCCGCUGGGCCCACGUCAUGGCCAUCGUGCCCCUGAGCGCAAACACUCUCGCCAAGGUCGUCGCUGGCAUCUGCGAUAACCUGCUGACCAGCGUGGUGCGCGCGUGGGACGCCGACGGCCGCGUCGACGGCAAGAGGAAGAGGAUAUUGGUCGCGCCGGCCAUGAAUACGGCCAUGUGGCUUCACCCCAUAACGGCAAAGCAGAUCCGCGUGCUGGCAGAAGACUGGGGCGUCGUCGAGGCCGCCGACGGGACGGUAGAGUCGGGGUGGUUUGAGGUUCUGCGGCCGCAGGAGAAGAGUCUUGCCUGCGGCGACGUAGGCGAUGGUGCUAUGAAGGACUGGACCGAGGUCGUGAGGAUAAUAGAGGCGAGACUGGGCCUAGGGUCGCAUCAGCAAUCAUGACAGUACGCCAAGGCCUCGGAAUGAUGGUCGUCGAGGAUUCCCGUGGGCCAUGCCUGGAUCAUUUCAGAUGGCAAGCUUACCUUCAAGAAAGAGGGACGGACAGCCACGGCUCGACCAGGUCUAGGAACCCUGUUGUUGCCGAACCGUAACGGAUCAAUGGUAGAUAACCUCAUUAUCCAUUUCAUUUCUACAGCGUCAUAUUACAUUACUAAAGACUAUCGUCAGUGGCGGGAGAGACCUGCAGAUGUCUCCCCACCAGAUGCACCGCUUUCUUAUUCAUACGUAUCCUUCCCUUUUGGAAUACCAAGCAGCCCAUGCAGACCAAACGCCACAGACAGCCAGCCAGCCACAUGAAGCGCCUGCAGAAUUGAUAUCUGAUCCCGCCCGCCCCUUUCCUGUAGAUGCUCUUGCUUUGAAACUUUGUGCGUAAACGUAGGCUGACGUAGAAACAUGCAGGUGCUCCCCAUCCAUUGAGCCUUAUUUUCAUGACUGGAGAGGAACGGCUCCGUUGAUAACACAGAUGAGUAGCACAGCCGUGCUAGGGGGGAAAUAUUGAAAACCACGCCAUGCUUUCUGAUGCAAGCUUUGCCAGUAUCGCAGCCGUCGCCGCCCGUGUCAACUUGAAUAAAUGAGCCUUGGGAUUGCUCGUGGGCGCCUUUGGCAACGUAGCGCAUGGGCCAUUCGUGGAACUGUCGUGUCGUGGAGUCCAAGGGCAUGACGGAUCUCCCGGCAGUCUUCACCUAGUCGUGUCGGAAUGUGCAAGAGUCGCCCUUGCUGCACAUUCCCUUGGCCCAGAAUGUACAAGGCUUCGUGCCGAUUUUGUUAGGAUUGAUGCCACGGGGCACGCUGUUAACGUGUUUCCCACCGCGUCCCUUGUCACGGCGGCCCGAAUGAUCACCAUCUCUGUCUCUGUCGUACUCACGGUCGUCAUCGGCCUGUUGACCGUUGUUCGUUGACUGUUGCGACCGCUGAGACUGGUCUGGGGCCUGGCCUGCAGCUAGAGACAUGAUGUAUGCCAUAUAGUCGGGGUCCGAUGGGUUAUGGCCAGCAUGCUGUGGUUGUUGCUGGACGGCGGGGCUGCCACCGAGACUUGCGAGCAAGGCCUGGAGGUGCGGGUCGGCUGCAGCCUGGGUUUGCUGUGGCUGGUUCUGGGCGGGCGUGGAGGCCAGGGCAGCUAGGACGGCUUGAAGUUGUGCAUUGGAUUCUACGGCAGCUUGCACCGGUGCUCCCUGCUGCGGGACAGGCUGUGCAACUUGUUGAUAGGGGUCGUAGGCCUGCGCGUACGGUGUCUGCGAAGCAGAUUGAGCCUGCUGGGCUUGGUACUGCUGGAGCUGCGCGUAGUAGGCUGCCCACGCUGCUGCUUGCUGAUCGGCGGUGCCUUGAGCAGCCGAGUGCGCCUGAGGUUGCUGUGUGGCUGCGGGCUGUGCUGCCUGCUGCUGUUGGGCUCGUUGCUCCACGCGUUGUCUGUCUUUGUUGUAUCCGUGCCACCACUCCGCUACCUUGGCAGCAUCAUGCCUCAUCCACUCAGGAGGUUCUGUGGCUGGCACGGGUUUGCCCUUGAGCAUCUCGGCCACCUGCUCAACCAAAUCGGCUGCUAAUUGACUUGCAGGAUCCGGAUAAUCGUAUCGACGGCGCGUCUUGGGGUUUGCUGGAUCGUAAGGGUCGGGAUCCCUCCACCUCUUGGCUUUUUCGGAGCUGAGAAGCACAAAUACUUGAUCUUCUUUGGACAUGUUUUGAGGAAGGGCGGUCGCGGUCGCAUCAAGGGCGCCCGACGCGUUGGGCUGCACAUUGGGUUGACCCGCGGCGCCAGACAAUGGGGCCUGUCCUUUCUGAGCCCUGCGCAACGCGUUCAAUCGCGCCCAAGACAGGCCACGCGAGCUCGCUUCGGUCCAACGGAGAUGAAUCUCAGCGAGUUGCGGUUCGUCUUGAGGCAAGGAUGAAACAGCGCCUGACUCCAUGUCCGUGUCCUCUUGUGGUUGCGUGUGCGGAGAUUUUGGCGUGGGAGGGAUGUCGGAGGGAUCAGUGUAGACGACCAUCAAUUCCUUGCUUUCACGCUCCGCAAUGGCCUUUUGUUCUUUAGUCUCGAAAGCGAGCAGACCCCCGCGAGUGACGUAUUGCUUGUCCCUCUGUUCUUGGGGUAUUGAAGAAAAGUUGAUAGCUGGAGGCUCGAACCACGGUCGGUAGGGUAGCUCGUCUUCUUCAUCCUCGUCUUCGAGUUGGGCACCACCUUGCAGACCCUGUUUGAGCGCCAUACCUUCGGAUUUGUCAUCCCGUGCAUCGCGGAUCAUGUUGCUGGCUCUGCCCUCAUCCUCAAGGCUCUCCCUAUGAAAGACUCUGACCUCCGUCAGCGCAUCAUCUUCCUUCCAAGUGACCCUCAGGUGGCGUCGCUUUUCCUUGCGCAACCGCCGGGCUCUUUCCUCUGGGGUCUCGUCCUUCUUGACCUUCGACUCCUUUUCAGGCGUCGUGCGGCCGGCCGCCUUCGGCUUGGAAAUCUCGUCCAGCAGAGAACCAAUCCCGCCAAACUUCGAAGUAGCCGGAGCUUCGUCUUUGGUCAACUCUGGCUUCCUUGUCUUCGCAGCCUCUACUCUUGGUGGCCCGCCUUCCUUCUUGACAUCAGCCUUGCUCAGCCCGCCUUCAGGCUUCACUGGCGGGGCUUUCGCUGCGGACUUGGAGGCGAGUUUCGCCUUGGCACCCAGCAUGCCACUCCCAGCAAACAGCUUGGGCUGUGGAGUAGCGGUGUUAGGAGCAGAGACCGCCACCUUGGCCGGUGCGGGCUUUUGACCAGGUAUGCUUGCUUGUGAGGAAGGUGAUUCGGCUGCGACCCUCUUUGCAGACUUCGUGUCGGCCUCCUCAUCACGAGGACGUUUCGCAGAUGGAACAGUUGGCAGCGCCUUGAGAGUUGCUGUGCUCGACAGCUUUUUCUUGGCCGCAUCGGGGGCAGCGCUGCUGGGAGCAGGCACGCUCUUUGAGGAUGCAUUAGGGGGAUCUGGGGUCGAAGUGCCCUCUACACCAUCCAGCUGGCCUUCUUUCAAGACCUCCUCCUUGGUUUUCAGGUUUUCCUUGAUUUUUUUCACCAUUUCCUUCACAUCUGCAUCGCCUUUAGAUUCGAACUUUUUGCUGAUCUUGGCAAACUGGAGGUUUGUCAUGAGGAAUUCCUUUUCCAUGGUAGUCACCCCGGACAUCAACCGUAACACGGAUUUGGCAACUUUACCGUUGUGGUCAGCGGAAUUGUUGGCGUGGAUCAGACAUGUCACAAAGUCACUGAUGAGCUUCUGAUUUCCACCCAGAUUUGCCAGAACUUGGUGGUCACCCCACUGGUUCGCUCCCUCCACGGCUCGAUAGAUGAUCUCCAACCUACGAGCCAUCUUUUCCUUCAAGGCAGCAGCGUCCCCCUCUUUCGCUGACUUCAGCUUUUGCUUCGUCGUCUGAAAUUCGCCCGUAAGCCCUCGAAUCAGCUUACCGUAUGCUGCCACAGCCGCGCCAAUUUCUGCCCCCGAAGGAUUUGAUUUCGUCAAAUAGACCACGCCAAUCGAAUCCCAUUCAGCGGCAUCAGCCUCGUCUGUUGGCCGAGUUUUGCUUCGUUUGGGGCCUGGCUUCCGAGAGGCUUUCUCCUUGGCAGCAAUAGUCUCUCUCAUUUUUUGUUCGUAGUGGACAGGCACGGUCCCACCGAAAUGCUGCUUGAGACGCUGCGCUUGGUCAUUUUGUCCGGCGAUGUCAUCCUUGUCCAAAGCCUUGGACCAUUCUUGUAUGAUUGAAGACGCAAGAGGUCGAACUAAGUUGCUUUGUGUUGGGAAGAGUUGAUCGAUUGGCCUACCGGUGGUCUCGUCAGGGUCUCGAAUCUCGCCGAUUGGCGUCUCCUGCUCCGAGCCUUCAUCGAGCUCCGCUUGAGGAGCAGCUGAGAAACCAACGUAUCGCGAUCUUACGUUGGGAAUCGCAUUAUCGUCCCGUCUUAUCACACGUGGCGGUGCAAGACCAACCACAGGAGCGUGUUGGAACGAAGCUGGUGAUUGAAUAGGCAUGUCGGUCCUCGGUUGAACAAUCGGCGGGGCAAUCGCCUGCGCAUUUGGCUGGGCAGGUUGGACGUACUGCUGCAUUAUCUGGUGUCCUUUCGGUUUGAUGUUCUGCAAUGGUGAAAUGUUGUUCACAGGGAGUGGACCGGCCGCGGCUCGGGGUGCAACCAUGUUUUGCGAGGACAUCGCCUGCUGUAUAUGAGCCUGCUGAGGCAUGAAUCGGCUUUGCAUCGUGGGCACAUUCGAGAGAUUCGGCUGCGUCUUGGAGGCAUUCAUCUGCUGGGGCGCCGAGAACGGCAUUGCCGGACUGCCAUGCCCACGUGGAACUCCAAUUUGUCCCUGAGGCAUGGGGACAGGAGCCAUCGGAUGACCAUUAAAUGGAGACUGGCGGAGCUGCGUAUUCGUCCCAAUCGACUGAGGAGUGCCUACUCUAGGUGCCUGUUGUUGGAAGCUUAUUGGCUGAGGCUGAGUUGGCUGCGGAUUUCCGUUCUGCAACUGAUUGGCCUGCUGGUGUUGGACUGCUGCAUGUUGCUGUUGCUGGUGGUGGGCUGCUGCAUGUUGCUGUUGCUGUUGCUGUUGCUGUUGCUGUUGCUGUUGCUGUUG